AUGGCUCAACUUAUUGCUCAGUUUGAGGCGCCGAAUUUGAGAAAUAUUUUUUUUCAUCCACAAACGAAAAUAUCUUACUGGAUUGAUCUUUGUGCAGAUAUACUAAAAGCAAUCGGUGUUGUCCUUUUUAAUAAUGAAAGAGUAUAUCGAUGUGGUUAUUUGGUUGAUACCGAAUCACCUGUGGAACAAAUUUCACCUGAUAUAACAACACUUUAUGAAGUUUUUAUGCAUGGUCUCGAGGUUAGUGGAGAUGGACCAUGUCUUUGGCGCAGAUUAUCAGCCAAACAACCGUAUCAUUCUAUGAAAUAUUCGGAAGUACUUGAACAAUCACGUAAAUUCGGCUCGACAUUAAUUGGAAAGUUAAAUCAUAAGGCAGGAAAUGAGACUCGCAUUGGAAUAUAUUCUAAAAAUUGCGUGGAGUGGUUCCUUACCGCUAUGGCUUGUAUCCAGUAUUCAAUGGUCAUUGUGCCAUUAUACGACACUCUUGGGCCUGAAGCAGUAAAAUUUAUCAUUGAACAUUGUGAACUGAGCUCAAUUGUUGUUAGCGAUUCGGAAAAAGCGAAAAAAUUACUCUCUGCAAAUAUUGAAUGCGUUAAAAACAUUAUUUUGAUUGAUACAACAAACAUUGGUGAAGUAAUUAAUUUGGUGACUGGUCAAGUGAAGAUUUAUGCAUUUCAAGAUUUAGUUAGUCAAGGCGAUGAAUAUUCAAGCGAAAUCGUUUUGCCAAAACCAGACGAUAUUUAUAUUAUUUGUUUUACGAGUGGCACAACGAAUAUUCCCAAAGGUGUUAUUAUUACUCACCGAAAUUUAAAUGCAAAUAUCUCAUCCUAUCAUUUUAUGCUAAAAACAUUCUUUCCUGAUUUUCUCACUCCAGGCCAAAUUCAAAUUUCCUAUAUGCCGCUUGCUCAUAUGGGUGAACAAGAUUCUCACUGGUGCAUGUUUAUUAGUGGAGGAUCUGUCGGAUAUUACAGUGGCAAUAUGUUAGAAUUGCUUAAUGAUGCGCAGGAUUUGCGGCCCACUUUGUUCCCAGCUGUUCCACGAAUCUUAAACAAGAUUUGUGGUGAAAUACAGGAAAAUGUUAAAAAGCAGAAUUUCUUGGUUAGAUCUUUAUAUCACUUCGCUUAUCAGCGAAAACUAUCACUGUUUAAGAAAGGUAUAAUUACGACUGAUUCAAUUUGGGAUAGGAUCAUUUUUUCGAAAUUUCAGAAAUUACUUGGUGGCAGAGUUCAGUUGGUUGGAAUUGGCGCUGCCCCGGCUAGUGCCAAAAUACUGGAAACGGUUCGAGUGAUAUUUGGUGUUGUACUAAUUGAAGCUUAUGGACAAACAGAAUGUUCUGGAAUGAUUACUACUACUUGGCCAGACGAAAAAGAAGGGAAUCAUUGUGGUUCACCUUUUGGAUGCACAUUGUUGAAGCUCGCUGAUGUUCCUGAGCUUGACUAUUAUGCUGAUAAAGGUAAAGGUGAAAUAAUGGUUAAGGGUCCGCAUGUAACACAAGGAUAUUUUAAGGACCCUGAAAAGACUGCUGAACUUUUCGAUGAUCAAGGAUUUCUUCACACGGGUGAUAUUGGGGAAAUUUUGCCGAAUGGUACCAUCAAAUUAAUAGACAGGAAAAAGAAUAUAUUUAAACUUGCACAGGGUGAAUAUGUUGCACCUGAUAAAAUUGAAAACGUCUACUCAUUUGCACCAUGUGUCCAGCAAAUAUUUGUUGAUGGUGACUCUUUAGAAAGAUUCUUAGUUGCGAUCGUUGUACCUGUAGAAUCGGUGAUGAAAAAUUGGUUCAAAGAAAAUUUUGGUGAUAGUGAAAAGCCAUAUAAGGAGAUUUUGACUAUGAAAGAAGCUAAAGAUUAUGUGCUGAAUGAAUUGCAGAAGAUUGGCAAGGAGAAUAAUCUCAAUUCUAUUGAACAGGUGAAAGCCGUUCAUCUAACAUGCGAAGCAUUUUCAAUGGAAAAUGGUCUUCUUACACCAACAAUGAAAAUAAAAAGAGCGCAGUUAAGAAAAUUGUAUAGGCAAAUUAUAACUGGUUUAUAUAAGACAACUCCUUACAAAAAAUAG